AUGUCACGGCAAAGACCACAUUGGAUCUUCGUUGUCCAGGUUUUCCUUCUCUCGGCGACCUUGUCGGCCACGUCGGCGCUGGCCCUCCAGAUCAGCCCCAAUGGCAGCUGCGGCGGCAACACCGGCUUCACCUGUGUUGGAUCGAAAUGGGGAGACUGUUGUUCGGGACACGGCUUCUGCGGCAACAUCGACGCCUACUGCGCUCAUGGGUGCGACCUAUCCGGAGGCACGUGCAAUCCCGGCCAGGGGACGACCGGCGUCCCGCUUGCUCCAAGGCCGACGGACGGGGCGGACAACGCGUCAUCGUGUCGGUUGUGCCCGGCCUGCCCCAUCUGCAUGUCACCGUCGCCGACGCCUGUGCCGUCGUCGUGUCGGAGGCUUGUCACAGCAACGAGUUGGGAGACGGCGACGACAACAAAAACAGUGUUCAAAGCGGCCAAUGGAACAACGAUGGAGUCAAAGACUGUGACCGUGACGGCGACGGUCACACAGGCACGCACGCAGACGCUUGUCCGCACACAAACACGGACGGUGUUUUGGAAUGGAACCGCCAACGCCACCUCGCCAAAACGCGCCACAACCAUGCCACCGCUGACAGCAGCGGCCCUCCCUGCCGCUCCGUAG